AUGGAAGCAGAUGGGUAUCCAGAAUACCGACGACCAAACGAUGGGAAGGACGAUCGUCUUCUGGCAGCACAACGCUCGAUAACAGAUCUGUGGUUCCAUAUAAUAAGUAUCUGGCACUUCGCUAUAAUGGCCAUCCUCAAUUAUAAUACAUGUAGAAAUCUGUGUACGAAGGUCAAGAUAGAGCAGCUCUUUAUAUGGGGUGAAGAAGGACCAGAUAAUGAGAUCGACGCAAAUAUAAAUGCAGGUUACGUGUGUGCGCCGGAGUCUGCACAUAGAAUACUAGGAUUCGACCUGCAGUCAAAAUCAGACACUGUCUACAGAUUACAAGUUCAUUUGCCAGAACACGAGAUUAGCGGUAGACAGCAAGAAGCUCUUCAUCAAGUCACCGAACGAGAUACAAUCCUUACAGCGUAUCACGAGUUGAAGCGGAGCAUGAGACAAUGUACGUACCGGAGGUUUCACCACAAGGCGAGACUUGUGCUCGAACCCUACUUUACGUCUAGCUGUCAGAAACACACUAGAAGAAAGUGGAACGGAAGAAGAAGGCAGGACCGUCACAUAGGAAGAGUAUACAGCAUACUCACUGGACGCAGAACGAUGCAGUCUGAGGCUCCUUUAUUUCAGCAGAAAAGGAGCCAAGUCAUUCGAUUACCUCAGAACUGUGAAUGGAACUUUCAAGGGGCAGCAGAAGCUCUCGGACCAAUGCAUUAUGAUUCGUACGACGAGAGCUGUCUAUGGAAGGCGACAGAGUUCCGAAUGCCGCGAGUCUUCGGUCCCUGUUUAGUAGUCGUCUAUGCUUCUGAUCCAGAACACCUCUGA